CAUUAAAAAGAAAUACGCUGGUGCUCAAUCAUCACGUCAACAACAAAAACUUAUUACAAAAGUGCGCAGUGGACGAAAUAGCGAGCCUGCGUGAUUUUUAAUCUUGGUAACCGACAGUACGCAAGCUCGCUUGUUAUACUAGAUAGGAUAGUUUGAUUAGGAACGGCUAGCAGACUCAUCCGGAAAGUGAUUGCGCUAUGUUGCUAGGUUAAACGCCAUCAUGGUAGCCACCGACUUGGAACUUCAUAAACUUGUGGAUUUAUCAUUGAGGACUCCUGAGGUUGGAGUCGUGAAUUUUAACCAUCUGCACAAGUUAUUGCACGCUAUUCUAGACCACAUUGGACUUAGGUAUGACGGGAAAAAUAUUACUAAAGUUUACGCUUCCAAAUCCCCUGUGAGCGAAUCUAAGACAAGGACUGAUCACACUUCAGAGGCUGAAGAUGUCAAGGAUGAGGGUGAUACUGAGGCGACAAAUGAGACAGAGAAAGAAAAAGAACAUGCCAGUACAGAAGAGAGCACAGUAGUUAGCGAACAAGAAACACUGAAGUCACCUACAAACGCCGUGCGUGCGGUACAAGAAGACGAGAUUGAAAGGUUACAGUCAGUACAAAGAUAUAUGCAAAGCAAAAUUAGCGAGCUAGAGGAGAAACUGAAAAUACUUGAUGCGCUCCCAACAAAUCGUUCCAUCAUAGAGAAGGCGCAGCAAUCUGAGUCAACCAACCAAUUGACAAGCAAAGAUAAUGCUUUGGCUGGGAUAUGGCAAUUUCUGAAAAUCAACAGUCGACUGCUAGCCGCUGAGGAGGCCAUAGAUCGCAUUAUGAAUAUCCUUAAUGAGUUUUUGGGAAGUGGAAAAAGUGUUGGAGAGUUGAAUGAUAACUUGCAGGACAUAGCAAAGGAGUUAAGCAACCUAAAGUCACAAAUCAACAAUAACAAUGACGCGAUUAGUUCUACUGAGCACCAAGAAGCAAUGGGUAAAAUCGAAGAGAUUCAAAGAAAGCUUAGCGGACUAGCUAGCAAAGAGGACUUGAGGGAAUAUGUGAAAUGGCCAGCUCUAGAGAAUGCAUUGAAUGCAGGAAAGCAAAGAAACAGUAGUGCAAAGAACGAAACUAAAACACAUACAGAGGACGCCAAGUUGGACGAUUCAGAGCUUGAAUCAAGUACUCCUGAGGACGGGAGACCUAAGACUGUGCCUGUUGAGCCCACUCAGUCCCCAGUCCCUACCCCUGAAGUGCCUAAAACAGCCAUGACACGGAGUGAGUUUACUCAGGUUACAUCUAAUGACCUGCCUGACAAAGAGCCCGACAAAGAUGCUGACGAUGCAGAGGACAGUAGCCAUCCAUCCCAAGAAAUGAGAGAAUGUCUUCGGCAGAUCGGCGAGCUAUCGGACAAGAAUCGGAUAGUCGAGGAGCAAGUGAAGGUCAUCAAAGAGGUUCUUCCGAACAAGAUCGAUAAAACCGAGCUUGAUAUUCCUGAAGAUUUGAAGAAUCGCAUUGACGCUAUGCAAGCAGAUCUCGAUUCUAUAAGUCAAAAGAUGUAUGGUAAUAGCUCUGGUGAGUUAGAUGAGCUGCGUCAGUUAUAUCAAGAAAACCGCGACAAGAUUGAAGCGAUAAAGCGUGAGCUCGCGGCAAUGGCAAGACAGGCAAAACAGGCGUAUAUCCAGAGACCUUCUUCAGGGAAAGGCGUAGACAACGAGGCGAUGGACAACAUCAGAGCCUUGCUGAAAGACGUGCAGGAUGAACAAGAGAAGGCAGCUAAGAAAAUGGAUUACAAACUGACGGACCUGCAAGACGAUUUGAGCCAGAAGCGGGAACAUAUCGAAGCGCUGUACAACUACGUCCAAAAGCUUCAAGAUUCAAAAGCUGACAAGGACAAUGUGGCAAUUGAGAUGGACAUAAAAGCGGACAAGGAAGCUCUGGACAGCAAAGUGAGCUUGACGACGUUCGAUAACUCAUUCAACAUGCUUGAUGAGGGGCUUAGAGAAGCCCUUCAAAAGAUGGAUGACUAUAUGAAUGAGGAGCUGGCGCUGAAACAAGCGCUGAAACAACUGUCAUGCGAGAUGAAGGAGAAGAUGGAUGGGCAGGCUUUCAAAGCUAUGCAGGACUUCCUCGAACGGCGCAUAGCUGACGUACAGAAGUCGCGUAACAUGAUAGCUCGCGAAGCGAAGGUGGAGUUGACUGGUGCCGCGGGAAUACGCCGACCGUUACUCAACUUCCACUGCAUCUCCUGCAACAGACCAGUAGAGGUCCCUUACAAUCGAGACGCCCAACAGUCUCCAUCGCCACAGGCCGUCAAACUGAAGCGCUCUAAGGGGCCUUAUAUAUCUUACGAGAUGGACCAGAUCCGUCACUACCAGCGCACCUUUCAACAACCGGCCCUACAUCCGAUAGAAAAACCCAUGAAUGAGUUUGUAGCAAAGCGACCGUGCGGCGGUAGCCAUACAGUGCUCAACCACACAAUCAGGAAACCCACACGCAUCGUCAGCUCACAGCUCAGUAAUGUCCUCGCAGCUUCCGUCCGGGAUGACCCUACUGCGCAUGUACCGAAUUGGUCACGUGAGAUAUCUGUCAUAGACUUACUCAAAGGCAAAGACGGUCAUGUGUACAGAGGACGUUAUAAGGCGAUCCCGCCGAUCUCCCGCAGUCACAAACACACGCCAUCCGAGAGUGACCUGCCGCCAUUACACAAGGACCCGGUCAUGCCUGGCCCACGAUGGAACUCAGAGCCACAGCUCUCCCGAGGGGGAGAUGAGUUUCAGCCUCUUGAAAGCUUCGUGCCUCAACAAGGAGAGACAAUCGACACGAACGAGUCUCAAGUUACCACCCCUCCCCCUACGACAAACCAGCCGAGUGUCCUCCCACCUAGAGAAAAACAGGGAUCACCCCUUCGUGUCCAAGGACAGCUCAUAGCAGUUCCUUCUCCGUCUCCCCCGGCCGCCCAAAAGAAUGAGCAUCAGCAUAGAAUUGAGCGAGAAGAAUUUCUCCAAUCGCAGCAACCUCCCCGACUAGAGGGAGAGCCGCAAGGCAGAAUAAGUCCAGGCCAGCGGUUAUUCUCACCACGUCAUGCGCGGAAUGGGUCCCCAUGUGCACAGCAGAUAUCGCCUACCAGUCAAAUGCAGCACCAACCUGGUCAGCGGUUAGGUGGUGACGCCGUGAAAGUGACCGAUGAGCCAGUGGACGGGAGACUUAGCGUGGAUAGCAUCGACGAGGUCGUAGAGUAGCAUUAUUUAAUCAAUUGUACAGGGACAAUAGCCAUGAAUGGAUUUGAAACUGCUUUUGUGUUACCUAGUGUCACCUAUUUUUUAGUCGACUACACUUGUGUGCUGGUUACGUCAGACCACACUCACGAUCGCACGAACUUAUAUUGAUUGAAGCACAUUUUUUUUUUAAAUCGAGGGAUUUUAAAUUAAAAGGCUUUGUCACACUCUUUAUGGUAGCAACUUGUCUCGCCAAAAAAUGAAUGGAAGUCGUAAGCGCCAUUUUGCGGAAAGUAGAAGUGCUUUCUACUUCUUGUGCGAAAAUGAGGGAAAAAAGCAAGUUACAAAGGGGGUGCCACACGUAAGAAAACCCGCGUACGACUUGCAAUUAUUUUUUUGUGUGACAGAGCCUUUAUUAUAAGAAGAUUUUAUCGGUGAUCAAUUCUUAAGAUCUCUUUGGCGUCUAAUUGUUAAAUAUUUUAUAGGAGUAUAUGUAUACUGUAUAUGAUGCGUAAUAAAAGUUAAAAGGAGAGAUUAAAA